GGGGUAGGAAUUGCCCUUUUUGUUCGAAAGGGUAACCACUACUGCCUCAGGAACAUUUGAGCUCUGAGUGAUUCUGAGUUUUCUUCAGAUGUCCAAGCGACUGUAUAACCGGGGGGAAAAAGAAGAAAAAACAAGUGGUGGAUGUAUAACCAACUCGCGGAGCACCCCAAGCAAGUGCUUGCCAAAGAAGAAGAAAAAAGAGAAAAACGAAAAAAUGUAGGACAGAUGCGAGUGUUUACGCUUCAAAUUGAUCUGGAUGCACAGAGCACGUUUGCGUCACUUAGUGCAUCAAGCUACUGGAUUGCGCCGUGGGAUGAUUAUCUGAGAACUCAGUUGACACUGCGAUUACUAUCGAAGGAUAGUGUGAGAGGAUGGUUUGAAGACAGCACGAACGGGCAUGGCGCAUAUUUGAAGAUUCAGGAGGUGAAACGUGUCGCUGCCACUAGUGUCUUAGAAUGGAGACAGAUUUUAAUUCGACUCCGAGAAAUAUACGGUCUCGUGGUGCGAGCUGGAGGAGCGAGUAUCAGUCUCGUUGGGGAUAAUGCAACGAUCAGUAGCGCAUCAGAGUCGGUGAAGAUGUUUGCCGAGAGUCUGCCUCAGCCCGCUGCGCCAGAACAACGCCAGACUUGGACAGAGCUUUGUGCACCAGUUAAUGAAUCUGCUUCGAUGCCGCUUCUGGUUUAUUCUAAUUCAAGAUCACGAAACGUCUAUAAGGGGGGUUGGCAAGCCUCUGGCAGUGUGUAUGUCAUUAAUGAAGUUCAGACGGCUUGGAUCAACACGAUCGUUCGCUCGCAGAGGCAUGCAUACGGUGGCGGGACAGAUUUCUAUGCAUCAACAGGUCUGGUUGCGCAUGUCUCCUGGGCCGAUCCCCGCAUACGAGCAAGCUUGAGGGCGUUUGAUGAGAGUGCCCAAUACUUGACUAAUUUGACAGAGAACAGCGAGAACAUCACUCGAAUUGUGGCCGCCACUCUGGGAAAACGUAUGGAGCCCCUGACCCCGUAUGAGGAAGGGUUUAAAAGGUUUAAGGACUUUCUAUUCAAUGUGACAGCCAGCGACUACCAGGAGCUAUACAAUGAAGUCAAGUCAACGAGUCUGUUGGAUUUUCAGGCCUAUGGUGCCGCCCUCGCCAAAUCGAGCGGGUUUACGGUGAUUGCUGUUCCGCCAUUUAUACGGGAUGACGAAGCAAGCGCGGAGCCUUCUCUCAAUUUCACAAAGCUUGAAACACCAUAUAGGUUCCGCUAUGACGGCCGAUGAUGAGGUCGGGCUUUUUUUAUUUAUUUAUUUUUCUUUUCUUUCUUUUUUUAAGUCUUUUCCUUACAUUUUCGGAAUUAUGUGAAUUGUUUCUAUUGUAUCCCUUUCCUCUUUUCCGAGGAGUCCUUAGCACUUUCUUUUUUUUCUCUUUUUUCCUUUUUUUUUCGGCUUUCCUAAUCAAGUUUUUUAUCUCAAUCUGGCAUUUUCUGGCAACUCUGCAAUAGAUUAUCUUUUGCAUAUCAGCCAGUAAUUAUUUCGAAAUUCAAAAUGACUUUAAUAUUUUUUCUUUUUUUCUCGUCUUUCCUAAUCAAGGUUGUUAUCUCAA